AUGCGCAAUGUAGUAAUCGACUUUUACCAUCAAAAGAUCAGAGUUUUUUUUUUCUCGCAUUUAUUGCAGCAAUUUUUAUGUCGUUAUUAAUUAUUAACGAUGAGUAUGGAUGAUGAUAAAGAGGAAUUAUUAAAAUGUCUCUGGGAAAAAAUUGAAUUAGGCAAAAUUGCUGUUGAAAAAUUAAAAGAGGCGGAAAAAAUUGAAGGUGUCGAUAAAUUAGUGAGAAAAUUUCUACAGGAAAUACGAUUUUUAGAAAAGGUACGCUGUGCGGGAACAGUGAAAAAGGAACAUCUACAGAGUACAAAUUUAAUUCAUUUAAAUGCAAUAGUCAAUUGUUUAUUUACGGCUAGUGAACCAAUACACGUGCUAAAACCAUUUAAUUAUAAAAAUUCACGUCUUGAAAUUGAUAUUGUUUGUAAAAAUGGUUCACAAUGGAUAAAAGUAAUAGCACGUAAUGCUCGUGCAUUGACAUUAAUUUCACAGGGCAAUGGUGAAUAUGGACAAAAAUCAAUAAUCGAUCAGGCAAAUUGUUUUUUAAAAUGUGCAAUAAAUCAUCCACAUAUGUAUCGUAAACCUGAAAUUGUUUUUCAUUUUGCAUCUGGCAUUGAAUUGCCAUUGGCUGAAAAACUUGAAAAUAAAGGCAUUAUUGUCGAAGGCAAAAAAAUACCCUCACGAACUGAAGAUUUUAGCGCCUCAGACGAUUCAAUGGAGGAUUUUUAUUCACCAAAUUCAGAAUUACAAAAUAAUAUUGAUCCGAAGAUAAAUUUUUUAAAUUUAGAUGUAUCAACGUUACUUGCCUAUGUGACAAAUAUGACGAAUGGAAAGGCAAAUUUUAUUUAUAAAGAACCAUUGUUAACAACACAGGCUGAAUGGGAGAGAAAAUGUUCGAUAAAACCAAUAUUAGAGGAAUUAUUUGAAAAUAAAGAACUUGUUGUUUGUAAAACUGCUUAUGAAAAUUUUUGCAAUAUUAUUCACGUUAUUGGUGGGCCAAAUGAAGUGAUAAGAGCUGAUGAUUUAAUGAAAAAAGUUAAAAUAGUCGACGAUAUACCACGUGGACGUAUUAUUGAAAAAUUAAAUGUUGGAGGGAAAAUUAAGCAUAGAUCGCGUGUUAUUUUUGCAACAGGGGAAAAUUUAAAAAGUAUCACUGUCACUGCUAACGAGGGUUUUGUACGUGCUGCACGAAUGCAGGGUAUUGAGUGCAUGGUAUUUAUUCACGAACCAAGAUCAUUGUCUGAAAUUAAGGAAAAGAAUGCGACGGUGAUUUAAAAAGAAACAUUUUCUUUAAACAUUUACUAAUACGUUUAUUAUUAAUAUUAUUAUUAUUAUUAAUAUUAUUAUUAUUAUUAUUAUUGAAUACCUACUUUGUAAAUAAAAAAAGAAUUCAUAAUACUGUUUCAAUAA